UUGGCUGGUGAGGACAGAUUUUUAGUUGUGGUCUGACGGAGCCACACAGACGCGUUCAGACCUUGAUGCUGGAUAUUUUAUUUCCUGACUCGCUGCCGCCGUUUGAAUCUGCCACCGCGAGAAGAUUCAGCUGCCACAAUGUCAAGAGUCACCAAUCUGUCCAAACUGCGUCAGGAGAGAAUGAGGGAGAUCAACCUGCGGAAUAAAGAGAGAGAGCGUAUGAGGGAGCGAGAGAAGGCGGCGAGGGAGAGGGAGGCCCGUUACAGCAACGGUCACCUGUUCACCUCCCUCACAGUGUCAGGAACCACGCUGUGCACCGCAUGCAACAAGAGCAUCACCGCCAAGGAGGCGCUCAGCUGCCCCACAUGCAAUGUCACCAUCCACAACCGCUGUCGAGACACACUGCCAAACUGCGCCAAAAUGAAGCAGAGGCAGCAGAAGACAGUCCUCCUGAGGAACAACUCAGCGCUGCAGAACGUCUCACUGCGCACAAAAACUGCAGGAAUGCGCGAACGUCCGACUUCGGCCAUCUACCCGUCCGACAGCUUCAGACAGUCGCUGCUGGGAUCCCGCCGCAGCCGCUCCGGCCUCUCCCUGUCCAAGAGCGUGUCCACCAACAACAUCUCAGGGACCCUGAAUGACGACUCUCCCCUGGGGCUGCGCAGGAUCCUGUCCCAGUCCACCGACUCCCUGAGCUUCAGGACCAGAGCGAUGUCAGUGGAGUCUCUGACUGACGACGGAGACGUCUACUACACCUCAGUGCUGGAGGAGAUGGAGCUGGAUGGCCAGGACUUUAAAGCGGAUUCCUGGAGCAUGGCGGUGGACAGCAGCUACCUGCAGGCGCAUCGCAAGAACGUCAUCAAGAGGCAGGACGUCAUCUAUGAGCUGAUUCAGACGGAGCUGCACCACAUGCGGACUCUCCACAUCAUGGAGAGGGUGUUUCGGCAGGGCAUGCUGGAGGAGCUGCAGCUGGAGCUCAGCACCGUGCACGCCAUGUUCCCCUGCCUGGACCAGCUGAUCCGGAUACACUCUCACUUCCUGGCGCAGCUGCUGCUGCGGCGCAACAGCAGCCUGCAGUCCGGAUCCAGCUACAACUUCACCAUCCACCAGCUGGGGGACAUACUGCUGGAGCAGUUCUCAGGCCAGUGUGCAGAUGACAUGAGGAAGACCUACGCUGAGUUCUGCAGCCGCCACUUGAAGGCAGUGAAAGUGUACAAGGAGCUGCUGUCCAGAGACAAGAGGUUCCAGUGCUUCAUACGGCGGGUGACUCGAGGACCCCUCCUACGUUGCCAUGGCGUUCAGGAGUGCAUCUUGUUGGUGACUCAGCGGAUCUCCAAGUAUCCCGUCCUCAUUCAGCGCAUUCUGGAAAACAGCACCGACGACGAGGACGAAGCGUCUUGUCUGGCCCAGGCUCUCACCUUGGUCAGAGAGCUGCUCAGUUCAAUAGACCAGCAGAUGGAGGAGCUGGAGAAAACUCAACGGAUGCAAGAGAUCCAGGCCAAGCUGGACCCGCGGGCUGAGGCCAGAGUGAGGGACGGGGGGCUUUUCAGGCCCGGAGAGCUGCUCCGCCGGAGACUCGUCCAUGAAGGGACUCUUUUCUGGAAGACUCCCGGCUCCCGGCUCAAAGAUAUACAGGUCUUGCUGAUGACAGACAUCCUGGUGUUCCUGCAGGAGAAGGACCAGAGGUACAUCUUUCCCAGUAUGGACAAGCCUCCGGUACUGUCCCUCCAGAACCUGAUAGUGAGGGACAUAGCCAAUCAGGAGCGAGGCAUGUUCCUCAUCAGCGACUCCUCUCCUCCUGAGAUGUACGAGUUCCACGCUGCCUCCAAGGAGGACAAGAACAUGUGGAUACGCCACAUCCAGCGGACCGUCAGCAAGUGUCCGUCACGAGAGGAGUUCCCGCUCAUCGAGACUGAACACAGGGCUCAUCAGAGGAGGCUCAAAGCCGACCUCCAGCAGAAGGACCGGGAGAUGCUGGAGCUGCUGCAGGAGAGGGUGACUCUGUUCUGCGAGCUGGCGGAGGUGACCUGUGGUCAGGAGGGCCUGCAGCCCCCCGUCACUCGAUACCUGUUCAGGGCCGACACCCCCCAGGCUCCGCGGGCCGAGAAACUCCUGCUGGACGCCACCGCUGAAGUGGACAGGCUGAGUGAGCUGCUCCUGGGCUCCAGUGUGGACCUCCCUCUGCUGUGUCAUCACAACCACAUGGAGGUGGAGACCAGUCAUCAGGAUCUGUUGGUCAAUGGAGCCCAUGAUGUCUGUGCAGCAAAGACGAUUCCCUUUGAUCAAUGCAAAGAAAGGCUGAAUAUCACUCCCUGCUGUAGUGUCCCUGAGCUCCAGACCUGCAGCUCCCAGGACUGCAUGAGGAGUCAGGACAAGCUGCCACACAUGGAGAUCUGUCAGAAGCUGGUGAAUCUCAGUGUUUACCUCCACGCUCUCCAGGGCGCCGUCAUCAAACAAGACUCCAUCUUGGAGCUGCUGCUACAACCUCAGGACGCCAUGGUGCCAGCUGCAGGGGGCGUGUGGCGCCCUCACUGGCGAGACGGUGGAAAUCGGGAGGCCAGCGUGGGCUCGACCAUCGGGGAGCUGGCUCUCUUACAGAGACAACACAGCCUGCUGCAGGAAGAGCUGCUGAGGCUGCGGGACGCCGAGAGCCGGUUCAAGGACAGCGAGAGGGCGCGGGCCAAGCUGGAGAAGCAGGUCCGACACAUGAAGGUCUGCGGCGGGACUGCACCUGCCCCCCACCUGCUGGGGGAGCAGGAUCCUCAGCCUCCAUCUCUGCGACCAGGAAGUGACGCUGCCCCGCGGGCCCGGCAGGAGCCUGUCCACCAAUCAGACGGUCUACAGGACGGCAGCGAUCUGGAGGUGGAUGUGACGUCAGACGAUGACGAUGGGACGGCGUCUGUCAGCAGCUCCAAAGAUCUUCAGGAUAUUCCAGAGGAGAUCUGAACCUCGUCAUGUUUCACGCUGCUGAUCAGCUCUAACUGGUUUUAAUGUCUUCAUAUUUAUUUAGCUGCUUUGCUUUUGGCUUGUGACAGUGAGCUGUUUUUAUUUUUCAGUUUGGAUUUCCAUGAUUUAAUAUCAUCACUCAUCUGGAAACAGCUGGAUGACGUGAGUCUGUCGGACGUGACGAUGUGACCGAAUGAACAUUAGGACUGAUGGUCAGGGCUCCGAGCGUCUGUAAUCUCAUUUCACAUCAUUUCACAGGCGUCACUAACUCCUCCUCCAGAGAUCAGGGAAUUUAUCAUUUGUUAAAAAUAACAACAAUAGUAGAAAAAUACAGGUGAAGAUUUGAUUUGAACCUCUGUAGUUUAUAGAGUUUAUACCACAGACAUGAGUGAGCGGAGGGACGUGUCGUGAUGCAGCAUGAAACAGUUUCUGCUCGUGUUUUUGUUUUUCUUUAAAAAUUCAUAAAAACUAAAAAAUGAUCUUCCUCAAAAACAAGAAGGAAACACUUUGUUUCUGUUGAUCACCAGGGAUCACAUGACGACAUGAUGCACGUGGUUGCCUGGACACAAAGCCUGUCACUUCAAUCAGAUGCCCAACUCACAAAGUUUCUGCUCUGAUUUUAUUCUGAAAGUCCUGACCAGAAGGCUGCUUUUAUUCUGAAA